AUGCUGGAGAGACAAGUGAAGAAACGACAGAGACUCCCCACUUCUUGCUCUGUGUGUCGGGCUAGAAAGACUAAGUGUGACAAAAAUCGUCCAGUGUGCUCUAGCUGUAUCAAAGGUAAUAUUCUGCAUAACUGCUUCUACUAUGUGCCCCAAUGGGUGUGCUCUACGGUAGGCAAAGAUGAUCAGAAAGUUGUGACGUUCGCAAAUAAUAAUAAUAUUGUACACCAGGUUUCCGGGGUGACCGUUACUAAACCAUUUGAGUCGUCACAAAGAUACAAAAAAGCUAAAAAUACAACGUCAACCAAUAAAUCUGCUACCUAUAGUCCAAGUAAUAAUAUUGCUACUAAUGCUGAUGGAAAUUACGAGCCUGUAAUUUCCCCUCGAAUCCCACUACCAAAUAAUGAACAAUCGGUAAUUGGUGGUUCGUUCAAUAUUCUAUCAACCUCCCAAGGUAAGGGAAUACUACCGCGGUCUCAACUAUUGACGCAAAUUAAGCCGCCAAAUGAAAGUCUGUCAUCAUUAGGUGGAAGUCCAGAAGAAGUUGGCAACAUUACUAGCAGUGAAACUAACAGCGGCAAAAAGCGCGCCUCUGAUACACUAGCGUCACAAAGUGAGCAGCAACUUCAAAAUCAACUUUCUUUUUUACAACUUCGGGUUCGUCAAUUGGAGAAUGAAUUGGCUCUUGAAAAGCAAAAGAAUCGAAUAAAUCCAGUAAAUGAUGAGAAAUAUGGAAGUCAGGUUCCAAGACCAUCAGCUCUACCAACUGCAUACUCAAGUCCGAUGGCUCAAUUUCAGUUCAUGACUGGCCAAUCCCCAGUGAUUAGUGACACCGAAUAUGCUGAUAUUGCCAAUAAUUACUAUCCUCGUAACUUUAAACGUCAUUCAGUUAUGGACCUGAAAGUCUUGGCGCAUUAUGCAAUGGUAUUUCGGGAUAGAUUCCUCGGGAAUUUCUAUGUGAAGUUUAUGUAUGAUUACACCACCAUAAAGUAUUUGAUUUCAUCAAUGUGCAAUAAUCGUGCCGCGAAUUUGAAGAAAAAAAACUGGCAUAAUCAGCAAGAUGGUAGGAAUGAAUUAAAAGAGGAAGACGUGGAAAAGGUGAACGCAUAUGGAUAUCAACUUUCACCAAUACAACAAAUGACGGCUGAACAAAGACAGCAAUUCAAAAACGUAAUGCUGAAAGUCGCCAAAAAGAACGAAUUUGCAACAUUAAUCGCCAAUCUUUUGAAAACAAAUGGUUAUCCUAAGGAUAAGAGACUUCAAGUUCGUUGUGAUACCGCAGCAUGGGACUUCCUCGCUUCCAGUAGAAAUGUUGUCAAUAAGACUGUGAUUUUCAAUCCAAUUUUCAACAACCAGUUUUGUCCAACCGAUAGGUUAUUUACCAAUAGCCAUAACGUAUUGAUGGACACAAUAAUUAGGACGCUACCAAGAAUUCAAAUUAUGAGAUAUUUGUGGAAAAUGUAUGCACUAUACGUUUAUCCGUUCAUUCCAAUAUUUGAUUUACGAAAAAUGGCUGACGAAGUGUCUUGUAUAUUGGUAGGUUUGAAAUUGGAAGAGGUUUAUGAUGAACUUCCGUCUUCUGUGGACGAAAGUGAAAAGAUCAAAGAAAUAAAAAUUAGAAACAAAUUGGACUAUGGGCGCCUUGCGGUCUUUCUAAUUUGUAUGAGAUUUGCAUUUUUGGCAAUUAAAUCCAAUAUUAAUGAAAUUAUAGUGAGGUGUGAUAUCGAAGAAGAAUUGGUUGGUACAAGAAGCUUAGCAGAAAAGAAUGAUCCCAUUCCAGUGCAACUUGUUGAGCUCGCUUCGAUGUGCUUAAAUUACCUUAAAGUCUCAAAAAAGGCCAGCGUGGUUUCCAUUGUUGCCACAAUUUUACUUUACCAUUACGCCGAACUUCGAGAAGAGGGCAGAGUUGGGUUUGGUCUCAUUCAAAAUCAUUUGAUGUUGUCCAGUAUUAUCAACCAGGCCAGACAUAUUGGAUUGAAUAGGGAUCCAAAGAAUGAGGAGAUUUUGAAAAGCUUUCAGUCGUUGACGGUUCAUGUACGGGCCUCCAAUCAUUUCAAGGACACUGAAGAAGAUAUCUAUUAUCAUCGGAAAUUAUGGCAUUAUUUGAUGAUUUUGGAGUACAGAAGUUCCAUUUAUCACGGAAAACCAUUGGAUAUUACUAGCGAAGAGCAAUACAAUACCAAGUUUCCAACCACAGGUACCAGUGGGGCCAAGAUUUUUAAGCUGUCUUUCCCAAAGAUUAGAAUGAUUCCUGCUUAUGUGAAAGGAGUCAAUCAUGAAGAAUCAGAAAUUUGUUUCCAAAAAGUGGAAGCAUUGACGUUGAGAAACAUGAAAUUGGAAUGCAAUGUCAACAAGAUUUUCAUGAAAGUUUCAAAUAUGGUGAACAAUUUGAAAACUCCUGUACAAUUGACAAAAGUUGUCGAAAUGAUCUCACAAAUUGAUCAACUUUUAAUGACUGAUGAACUUAAGGAGGAAAAUUUCCUUGAUUACAACAGAGGUAAGAUUUUUGAAAACGAUAAAGAACGCAUGCGUGUUACUGUGGGUGAAAACUACUAUAAAAUGGUUAGUUUCUUGCAAACAAUGCCGAUUUUUUACAAUUUAAAACUUUGCAGUGGCAUUUUGAGUUCAAUUCUAUUUUUGCAUUAUGACCAAAUAAAAGAUUCAAUACAUGGAGUCAAUAAUUGUCUUUAUUUUUUGAAAAGAUCGUUUACAACUUCGUUUAGUAUUAUCACAUUAUCGAAAGAGUUUUUACGAAACAAUGAAGAUAAAUUGUUGAUUUUGAAGGAUUUUUCCAAGGUUGAAGAAAAUGAACUCCUUGGUCGAUGCUACGGUUUCAAGAAUUUUAACUUCAUCAUUUUACCAAUUAUUGAUACAAUGUGCUACAGAGCAAUUUUGAUAGUUGAAACAUUGCUACUUCGUUUUGCCCACUGCUCAUCAAUCAUUGAUUCUAUCAUCAAGAAGAUGCAGACCUCGCCAUUCUUACUGGUGACAAUUAGCAUCGAAGAGUAUUGUCAAAAACGAGACAUCUUUCAACAAAUGUAUAGAGAUCUUUAUGGUUUCUAUUAUAAAUUUGUGAAAUUGUUGAUGGAAAAAAUUGCAAAAUUUUACAGUCACACAUUCAAAGCGAUGUUGGUUUAUCAAUAUUAUUUGACAUGUUUUAGGACUCCAUAUAACAUUAUUAAGUGGUUUGACACCAAAAGCGAAAAUUUUGAUCAAACCAACAAUUUCAUCAAUUUGUCGCUAAGCGAUCUUAUGGAAUUGAAGACAUUUGUGGGGGCUCGUUUGAAAUUCGAUGAAGAGAAAUAUCCUGACAGUAUUCCGCCUGGCCUACUCGUCAAUGCUUUUUCUCAAAGUAAAGAAUCCGCAGCAGGAACACUGGAGAAUGAUUCAAGUAACUUUGUGGUACCAGUGUUGAAAAAUGCUUUUGAGAAGCACAAUAAACUUGAUGAAAGGAAUAGAUCAUUGCAGUCACGAUCUGAACUGUUGAAUUCACAACCACUUUCUUCAUCAGCAUCUGCUUCGUCCUCUUCUUCCUCCGGUACUACCACGGCCACGAUUUUGUCACAAACUGACCCAAUUAUAAACAAUUCUUAUUCUUCAAUUGAUACAUCUCACCCACAGAUGUCACCAUCACAAAAAAAUUCACCUGAUUCCACAAAUAUACAAAUGGCGGAACAUGAACCCCACGAUGUUGGUUCCGAGAACUUACUGCACGGUAACUUCCCAGGGAACGGUAUUAGUGGGAUGAAUGGAGAGCAUGUAGUGCCGCCGAUGUUUGAUUUUAUGAUGACUAAUAGUUUGGAUAUGGGAGCGGCUAACGAUUUCUUGAAAUUGAUGGAAGAAUUCUUUGGAGAGCCCAUAUUUGAUGUUGUCAAUAGGAAUGCACAGAACAGCAAAGGUGAUGUUAAUAUUGGCUCGACUUCCAAUAAUACUCAAAACCAAGAAACGCCAUCUUACCGAUCAACAGAGAACCAAUUGGCAGAUAAUUUCCAAAAUAUGAUGGGAUCAGACAGCGAUGCCGACUUCAGUUUUUACAACAUUGAUCUCGAUUGUUUUUUACCCAGCGCUAACCUGUUUGUUCCUAUGACUCAGUCCCAUCAACCACCACUACCGCCGUCGCCAUUCUUUGGCCCAGCUAAUUGUGGACAAGGCCCAUUUGGAGAACCACUGCACGUCGUGGGUAAUGGACAAGGUCGGUUUCCGAUGGCACUGAAUAUGAUGCCUGGAAACCCAGGGUUUUGUCAACAUCCACCAGCACCGUGCUAG